AUGUCAUACGGACAAUUUGGGGAAGUAGUGUUCUUUGACACUACUUACCGGACCAAUAAGUAUGGCAUGCCAUUUGCACCAUUUACUGGGGUAAAUCAUCAUUACCAGACCAUCCAAUUUGGCUGUGCGUUAUUGCAAGAUGAGACUGAACCUACUUUUAUAUGGUUAUUUCACAUUUGGAUUGAAGCUAUGAGAGGACAACAUCCAUCGGCGAUCAUAACUGAUCAAGACGCUGCCAUGACUACGGCGAUAAAGAAGGUUUUCCCGAACAGUCGUCACCGUCUUUGCCUGUGGCACAUAAAGAAAAAAUUUGCAGAGAAAUUAUCUCAUGUAUAUUUUAAAAAGUCAAAAUUCAAAGGUGAUAUGAAAAGUUGUAUCCAUCAUACAUACAAAAUACAAGAGUUUGAAGAGAAAUGGAACAAGAUGAUUGUAGAAUUUGGUUUAACCCAUAAUACUUGGUUAAACGAUUUAUAUAUGAUUCGAGAAUCAUGGGUACCUGUUUACCAUAUAAAUACAUUUUAUGCGGGUAUGAAUACGACGAGUCGAAGUGAGGGAGUGAAUUCCUUUUUUAAAGCUUUUGUCUCAUCAAAAACUAAUCUCAAAGAAUUUGUUGUUCGAUAUGAUCAGGCGUUGAAAGAGAUCGUUGAUAAACAAAAUCAGGAAGAUUUUGUAUCGGAGCAUACCAACCGCUUUAUCGAAGAAAGCAAUUUGAUACUUAAUCAUGCUGCUGAAAUUUAUACCCGAAAUAUUUUUAACAAGCUCAGCGAUCAAUUAUUAGUUGCAUUACGAUUCAAGGCUGAAGAGGUAGAUGGAGAUGAUGAUUUUAGCACUUUUUCGGUGACUUCUAAGAUUGGUUAUCCGCAAACUUUCACCGUAAAAAUAAAGCCAGGUACGUAUGAAGGAUAUUGCGAGUGCCAAUACUUUGAAUUCAAAGGUUUACCCUGCAAACAUGUGUUAAAAGUCCUGACGAAGCUAGAUGUGGAUACAAUUCCCUCACAUUUCAUUCUGAAAAGAUGGUAG